AUGGCCCUAAUAUCACUCCCCAUAUCCAUCCCGACCAUUGCCUCAUGGCUCCUAUCACUAGCAAUAGCCAGCCUAACAAGCAAGUGGAUCUACCGUCUCUAUCUCCACCCCCUGUCCCAAACCCCAGGCCCGAAGAUCGCAGCCGUUACUUCCCUCUGGCUAGCAUACCACACCUACAUUGGCGAUGAAUGCACAGUAAUAUUCAAACUCCACCAAAAACACGGUCCGGUACUACGCGUCGCGCCAAAUGAUAUCGAUAUCGCAAGUGCAGACGCUAUCGAACCAAUAUACAUCGCCCGCGGUGGAUUCGCCAAGGCGAAAGCUUAUUCGAAAUUUGAUAUCGAUGGACACAAAACCAUUUUCUCGACUUUGACGUUGCCGGAGCGUGCGAGCAGGGCUAAAGCUGUUGCGCCGCUUUUUUCGACUGCUUCGAUUAGACAGUCGGAGGAGGAAUUGCUCACUGUCUUUGAUGAUUUUGUUGGCCGUUUAAAGCGGGAGGCUGGGAAGGGGGGCCCUGUUGAUGUGCUCAAUAUUUCGCGUUGUAUGGCUAUUGAUGCUGUGAGUACUUAUCUCUUUCAGCAUGGAUAUGGGGCUCUGAAUGAGGAGUCGGGGGUUAUGUCUGCGUCGCCUUUUGUGGAUGCUUUUGUUGGGGUUGGGGCUUUCUUUAAUUUUACUCCUGGGAGAAUGACGGAUUUCGUUAUGGCGAUUGCUGAAAAGCUUAUGUCGACCGAGACUACUGAGAGGGCAUUUGACCUUAUGGAUAAGUUCACUGGGAAGCUUAUGGAAGGUGCAACGCUGGCAAAAGAUGUAUCGCCUAAAAGUGUAAGUUAUCAGAGCAGACUGCUGGAAAAACAGUGUGUUUCACAAGCCCAGAUUGAGGUGAAAGAUGUUUCCUUUGCUGGGACGGAUUCGACGAGUAUGAACACGGCUACGAUAUUAUGGUUUCUUGCAAAGAACCCUGAUAUAUAUAACCGGCUCUACGAGGAAGUUCAAAGCACAGUCGCAAAGGGAGAAGACCCUGCAUCGUGCGGCUAUCUUCGGGGGACGGUCCGCGAAGGACUACGUCUGUCCUGGGCGAAUCCCAUUCGACUUCCACGGGAAGUCCCGACUGGGGGAUGGAAGUAUCAGAAAUACUACUUUCCAGCCGGAACGAGUGUUGGCGUUUCUUCUUUCCAGCUACAUCAAGAUGAAGAUGCUUUCCCGGAGCCGUUGCGAUUCAUGCCCGAACGCUGGCUGCAGCCGACCAACGAGAUGUUGAAUCAUUUCUUUGCGUUUGGGAAGGGCAGCAGGGGAUGUAUUGCGCAGAAUUUGGGUACUUUGGAAGUUACUAUGGCCAUUCUUAAGGUUGUUGAAGCGGAUUUGCUUCGCGGAUCGAGUAUUGUGGGUGACAGAUAUAUUCGACGUAAGCAGUGGUUUAAUUCCCGGGUUGAGGGGGAGAAGAUUUUGCUUCGGUUUAGCGGUUAG